AUGCUAUUGCUCUGUCCACGCCUAAUUCUCUUGUUAUCUGUUUCUUUCUCUCUGAGUACUUCUUGUCUCUGUAUUUUCCUCUGUUUCCUUGCAAACAAAAGCUUCUAUGUUAUCUUCUUUUUAUAAUUCUUGACCUUAAUUCUCCAUUUCCUACUGCUUUUUCCAUUACUUGUUAUCUUCAUACGUAAAGACACAUAAAAAAGUACCUGUAACUAGAUUUGGCCCCUGAACCUGAAAAAGAGAGAGACACAGAAGCAAUAAUUCAAAAUUUUUUAGCUUAUCAGUAACCCUAAAUUCUGUUUUGGAUGGGAUUUCAGAGAAGAGUUUCCUGAGUUUUUUCUUGGUGGAAAAUUCAUGGUUUUAACAAGUAUUGCUUUUCCUUCUAUCACAAAAAGGAAAAUCUUGUAAAGAAAUAAAGAUUUUCAACACAGAAGCUAGAACCAUGUCAUCGUCUCUUCUAGCAAGAACGGGGCGACACCGACAACGUUAUGAGAACAAUGUUCGCCUUGUUUCUGGAUGUAUACCAUACAGACUGAUAAAAGACAACGAUGAACAAAGCAAUGACGACAUAGAGAACAAAAUACAAGUUCUCAUGAUUUCUUCACCAAAUAGAACCGAUCUUGUAUUUCCUAAGGGAGGAUGGGAAGAUGAUGAGACUGUGUUCGAAGCUGCCUGUCGAGAAGCUAUUGAAGAAGCAGGAGUAAAAGGAAUACUUAGAGAAGUUCCCUUAGGAGUUUGGCAUUUCAGAAGUAAGAGUAGACAGGAUCCGUGCAGCCUGGAAGGAGGCUGCAAAGGUUUCAUGUUUGCAUUAGAGGUGACUGAAGAGCUCGAGACCUGGCCUGAGCAGGAAAAUCACGACAGGAAAUGGCUAAACAUAAAAGAGGCAUUCGAAUUUUGCCGAUAUGAAUGGAUGCGGGAGGCAUUAAGAAAUUUUCUAAGAGUAAUGGAAGAGAAGAAGAAAGUUGAGACAAUAAGAGAAGAGAUAGUAGAACUUUCUUCAGUGCCAAUACCAGAAAUUGUUGAAGAAUGUUCAUUACUGUCAACAAAUUGCUGUGUAAAACCUGUUAGUGUCAAUCACAAUGGUAUUAUUCCAUUCACCUGGCAAAUUCCUCUUAAGGGCUUCCCAUUGACAUAAACAAGUACAUCUGAUGCUGUUAUAUUGUUCUAUCUUUCAUUUCUUCUGAUUGUAGACAUUAAUUUUUCGUAUUUGUUUCUUAGGAAGAAUUUGUAUGAAACGUCCUAUUUGAAAUUGUACUGCCAAUAUGUAAUCCCCAUUUUCUUCCA